CAGAAGCCUAGCAACUGGAAAACAUUUUUUUCAAAAAAUUGUCAAAAAUAUUUGUUAUGUUUUGAUGAAUAUCUACCAGUUUAUUUAAUAAUAUGACCUGCUUUCUCUUUGCUUUUGUAGAUUAGUAUACAUUUAAUAGAUAUAUAACCACUGGAAGAGGAUCAUGGAGUCUACUGGUACUUGCUUUUCACCUCCCCCUACACCUCCAGUAGGGGGUAGGACAAUAACUAUGUCACCUACUAAGGGACGUCAAGGCCUAGAGACCCCUUUAACCCCUGGGGACAGACUUAGUCCAGCUGCAGACUAUUUAAGGCCCAUAGUAAAAAGUGCAGUACGUCGAUGGCAAAGACACCAUGAGCAACUGCAGAUGAAAAAAUUAGUUGAUAAACGAGGGGUCAAAAAGGAAAAAUCAAUGGCUAUUAAGCAGUCAGCAAAAGAGGUUGCAAGGCGUAUUCCUAUGGAAAUUCUAGCAGAAGAAUGGAUGUCAUCAAACAAUGCUACAGUUGAAACUAGAGCUUUAUUAGUAGACAAAGUUUUACCAACUCUGAUAUUAGGCCUUGAGAAACUCCUCUUAGAGGUUGACAAAAAGAAACUUGCUGAUACUGAGGAACCAAAUGCUAAUUUUAACCCGAUAAAUUACCUUGCACAAUAUUUAUUAAGGAACAAUCCUCGAUAUAGUAACUUCUCAGAAGCAUCUCCAUAUAUCCGUGGAUUAAGGGAGAUUGCCGACCAGUUAAAACAACAAUUAUUUUCAUUGGAGGAUAACAAACUAGCCAGAAUCAAGGCGGAGGCCAAGAAACGUCGUGAGGAGCGUGAGGCAGCUGAACUUGCACGUCAAAGGGAACGAGAACGUCGUUCUAAUUCCCUGAAUGACCAGUUUAUGGAAUGGGGAGUUGGCAAGGAUGGCAGAGUAGAGCUUGCUUUGUUACAAAAUGCAUUGAUGUCAUUCAUGGAGAUCGUAGAGCAUUACCCAGAGGAGCUCCGAUCAGCUGCUAAUUUGAGCCACACCCUUGAACCAACAGAUGACUCUGGGAAAACUAUGGGAUUGCGGGAGUUUGCGCUGUAUUUGGGGCAAUUUAUCCAAGAUAUGCCUCCAGAGAUUUUUGACACAUUCGUCCAGCACCUUUCCAAGUGUGCCUUGGUCUAUAGGAGUCAAGUUGAGAGGGGACAAAGGAGGGUCAUACUCACUAACCUAUUUGUGGCCUGUGACAACAGCGGGAUUGGAAUAUUGGACAGACAUCGUGUACUUGCUCUCUUUGAAAACUUCUAUGAAAGGGCUGGUGCUAAAACUUCAGUCGGUCUAAGGAACCCUCGUAAAUGGCCUGUUGUUGAAGUAGAUGAAACUGAGAGUGAUUACGAUGAUGAUGAACAGAAACCUAAACUGAUAGACAACAAUGUGGAUGUCACAGAGGAAUCAAAGGAGAAAGAGAAGGAAAAAACUGAUGUUGACAAGCCUACUGAAGCUAAAGAUGAACCUGUCGAAAGCAAAGUUCAGUUUGGAGCUGAUGUGACUAUAGAAAUCUCAAAUGUGGAACCAGAAUCUGCAGACACAGAAGGCAAAGAAGAAGUUAAGAAUGCUGAGGUCAAAUCAGAUGACCAGAUAGAAUCUAAAGAGGAGGCUACUGAAAGUAAAGACUCUCCAGCAGAGUCUACAGAUGAUGCUCCAAAAGAGGAGAUCAAGGAAGAUAACCAAUCAGAAACUAAAGAAGAGGUCAAAGGUGAAGCCCAAACAGAGGCCCAAAGUAGUGACCAAUCAGAAACCAAAGACCAAACAGAGGUUAAGCCAGAGGACCAAUCACAAUCCAAGGAUGAUAACCAAUCAAAUGAGGAAACUGAAAGUGUGAAAAGUAAACAAGAAAAAGACAAGGAAGUUGUUGGUGAUACUCCUUCAGAACAACAAAACAAUGAGGCAGCAGAUAGUCCAACUGAAAAAGAUGAGAAACCCGCAGAAACUGAAACAAAGGAAGAAGACAAGGUCGAAGACGCAACCAAAGAUAUUGAGAAAACGAAAGAAGAAGAAGAUAUUGCUGGGGAACUUGAAGACAAGGGAGAUCUACCACUUCCAAAGACUCCUGGGAAAGUUGAUGAGCCACCACGAACACAACAGACUGGCAGAACAAGUGUCUCAUUUGCUGAGGGCACAACAUUCGAGAAAGAGAGAGCCUUACUUUCUACGAUGGAGUCAACAAGGAGCCAGUCACAGGCCUCAGCGUUUGAUGAGAGUUCACUAAACACGUCACAGUUUGUACAACUUACGGAGACAUUCCUUGGAGAUUUGCCAGAGAUGGAGUCUUUCAAUAAACUGGUCCAGUAUGUUAGGAAUGGUUAUGUGGAGACAGAUGAAGAGAAAUUGCUAAGAUUGAGAGAGGCCAGGAAGGAAGCUUUGGCCCAGAAGAGAAAGGCCUUACUUAACAGUCUGUUUGAAAUGUGGGACAACGAUGGCUCUGGAUUGCUCGAGUUUGAUGAAGUGCAAAUCGUUAUGGAGAAAUACAAGGACGGAAUGGAACUUGAUGCCAUUAAUAAAGCUAAAAAGAAGCUAAGAGGUCGUAAAGGUAAAUCAUACGACAGUCGACUCACAAAACGUGAGUUCCGUGACUACAUAGAGAUGGUUGCCUCGGAGAUCCCGGAGGAAGACUCUAUUGACUACCUCGUAGAGUUCCUCAUGUCAUGUGUUGAGAAAACGUAUGCAGAGAGGAUCAGAGGAGAUGCAAGGAAGAAGUGGUUGAAACAAAUCAUUAAUGCUGCUGAGACUGGGGGCGCAAGUAUGGAUUCUGUCUAUAGGGCUGUGUUCCAGUCACUUUACAAGGAUGCAGAAACUCACGGAGGUGGCAAAAAGAUCUCAGCUAAUAUUAGCAUUCUUGAGAAUAACGAUGUUAACCCAAAUAGAGGUCCGACUUUGCUGAGAUAUGUCGCAGUCACACCAGAUGAUGCUGACAUAUUACUCGGGAAAUGUCUCUACAGAGAUAUGAAAGGAGUCAGUUUUGCAUCAGUAGACAGUGGGAAGCCUAUACACGUCCCCAGAGUAAGCAACCAUGGAGGAAUUCACUUCUGGAACCACACAAGGCCUGCUGAGGAAAUAGAUGGCUCUCUGUUGGUUGUGCCACUAAAGGAUGACCAUAAACGUGUAUUUGGACUUCUGGGACUGGAUACACUUAAUGACCCCCAGCAGAAGAGUAUUUUCAUCACACAUGAGAUUCAGUUCUUCCAGGGUAUCACCAAAGCGUUCAGUAUAGCAUACCACUACGUAGACAUCAGGAGGAAAAUACUAAGAAUCUGUGAAAGUGCUGUGUCUUGGAUCAUCCGUCGUAGCCCUAGUGUUCGAAACAUUACAAUCUAUAUGGUGGAGCCUGAUACAAAGAAUAAAGAUUACGUGCUGCGACGUAUGAUGAUGUCAGAUGAGAAGGGUGUGGCUAAAUUGAUGGAAAAUCCACCUCGACUUGAGAGAAAGGAUAACUUAUUUAGGGACUAUUUGUUCAAAUGUGUUGAUAACUCUGAGACUGUCAUGGCAGACGCAUAUGGCGAGCGCCACAUGGCGUUCCCUUUGAGAGACUCUGAGGGCCACGCUCUAGUGUCCGUUGAUAUUAGUAUAGGGGACUUGAAGAAGCUGCCAGCUGUAGAAAACAAAGAGGUUUUGCGAAUGUUGAAACUAUUGACCCAGGCUUAUGGCGAACUAUCCAAGGAGGCAGUAAAGGGAGAGAAAAAUGUAGUGCUAGAGGCUGAAAGAAAUGAAGAUAAUCGAGUUGAGAUUUUAUUUGAUCGGUUGAUGUUAAUGGAUCUAAGAGGUAAUGUCGCAAAACUUGAUGCCAGAGCUUACGCUGAAUUGAAAAGCUACAAAGAUCCACCAAAGAUUGUCCAUAAUAUAUUGAAGGCUGUUCUCGCUGUGUUUUACUCAGAGAAGGCUGAAAGUGGUGAUUUAGAUGACUGGGCUAAAACCAAAGUGUAUGUGACAGUGGACCUGAGCAGGAAGAUCAUGGCUUAUGACCCAACUACAGAAGAUGACCGCAGUGUUAAUGUUGACAAAAUUAAUGAAUACCUUGAUGAGGUGCCUCACAAUGCUGUAGCAAAACAUGGUUCCAUUCCCGCCCAGUACUUGUACAAUUGGGUCUUUGUCUGUGCUUCACUCAUCGAACACACUCGCAAAAUGGCAGACUCCAAACACGCUGCAGCGCUAGAAGUCACCAAUGAUCAGCCAAAAGAGAUUAACGCCAACCAGGAGGCAAAUAAAGAAAUGAUGAUGAUCGAGACUGAGGAGUCAUAGAAUGAUGAAAGUAAAAACAAUGAUGAUAGGAGCGACAACAAUGAUGAUAAAGACUGUUGUGAUGAGAUCAAUGAUGAUGGCAAACAAUGAUGAUAACAGAAACGAUGAUGAUAAAGAUAGUGAAAAUAUGAAAUAUGGACUAGAGGCUAUAUCAGAAAGAAAUCCGAAAUCGUAAAUUUGAUAAUUAAAAUUGUUAAACCGAUACAGAGUGUCCAAAAAUAAAGUAUCCAAUGAUUUAUUUUUGGCUAAUUAGAUCGAAGUUUGGUUGUAACACAUUUUUGGACCCAUUCUUGAGGUAAUGUAAACUGUAUUUUCAAGAAUGUAUGCUGUUUUGGUUUACUCUGCAUGUAUUUUCCAUAUCCCAUGUAAAUAAUCAAUUCAGAGAAUAUUCUUUAUUUUUGCAUCACAUUAAGAAUAAUAAGUCCCCCAAUUAUGAUUGAUUAAUUGACACAAAAUGGUUUGCAUGUUCCAACAAAUCAUGUAUAUAUGAACUGACUUUAUGUUUGUAUAUUUUGUACAUGUAGCAUUUGGAUAUAUCUCAGUGAAUGAGAUUUUUAAUUACAAAAUAGCUUGUACCUCCCAUAAAAUCAUUUCACAUUUACAAGUACAUGUACUUUGUCCCAUGAAGUGUCUAUAUUUUGUAUGCUGUAUAUAAGUGAUAUUAUAUGUAUAUUUUUGCAUAUUUGGGAUUUUAAUACGUCAUGUAUAUGUAUUCGAUUUUUUAAACACAUUGACUUAUUGUAUAAAAUCUGUUAAGUAACACCUCCAUAAAAGAAACAUGACCCACUUAAUGUUAACUGAACCUCUGUAGAUGGAACAUUUCUCAAGUGGAACUCUAUUUUGGAGUUUGAGAUAAUUGUAACAGGCCCGUAGCCAGGAUUUACUGGAUGGGAGUGGUUUAAUCAAGGGGGGGCAGCUUUUGCCAAGGGGGAGCAAAAGUGCUCAGAAUGGUGAAAACUGCAUGGUUUUGAAAGAAUUUCUGGCCCAGGGGGAGCGGCCCCUCCCU